AUGAAGUCUUCGAUUAUUGUUAUUUCUUCUUUAGCCCAUUUCGCUGUCUCUCAGACAGCGGAUUGGGGUCAGUGUGGUGGCACAAACUGGAGUGGAGAUACCACUUGCAAUGCAGGCUGGUACUGCUCGUAUCAAAACCAGUGGUAUAGCCAGUGCGUUCCACAGUCAAGCCCUUCUUCCUCAGCAACAACUCUAUCCACUGUCAUAUCCUCAUCGACAUCCUCCAUCAGCACUACCAGUCCAGCAGGUAGUAGCUCCUCUGGUUCUGCCAGCUCUUUCCCCAGCACUAGCGGAACCCAGUUUGUGAUUGAUGGUAAAAAGGGGUACUUUGCCGGCACCAAUUCGUACUGGCUUCCCUUUCUCACAAACAAUGCCGAUGUUGAUUUGGUCAUGGGCCAUUUGCAGCAGUCGGGCCUCAAGGUAUUGCGGGUUUGGGGCUUCAACGACGUUAACUCUAUGCCCAGCUCUGGCACGGUUUGGUUUCAGCUUCUUUCAAAUGGUCAGCAGACGAUCAAUACAGGCCCUGAUGGGUUGCAGCGUCUGGAUUAUGUUGUGAAGUCUGCUGAAGCUCAUGGUAUCAAGCUGAUUAUCAACUUUGUGAAUAAUUGGAAUGACUACGGUGGUAUGAAUGCAUAUGUGAAGAAUUACGGAGGCAACCAAACCGGAUGGUAUACAAAUGACGCAGCUCAAGCCGCCUAUAAGACGUAUAUUAAGACGGUUAUCAGUAGUUACAUUGGCUCCUCUGCCAUAUUUGCUUGGGAAUUGGCCAAUGAGCCCCGCUGCAAUGGAUGUAGCACCGACAUCAUCUACAAUUGGGCUCAAUCAACAAGCCAGUAUAUCAAGUCACUUGAGCCGAAUCGCAUGGUGUGCAUUGGCGACGAAGGCAUGGGUCUGAAGGUUGGCUCGGAUGGUAGCUAUCCUUUUGGAUAUUCCGAAGGAAAUGAUUUCGAAAGAACGUUGACUAUUCCCACCAUCGAUCUUGGAACUAUUCACCUCUACCCAAGUCAAUGGAGUGAGACGGAUUCAUGGGGCUCCUCCUGGCUUACAGCCCACGGCCAAGCCUGCAAAAACGCUGGGAAGCCAUGCCUUCUCGAAGAGUAUGGAUCCACAAGCCACUGCCGCUCUGAGGCUCCCUGGCAAUCAACCGCUGUAAGUUCCGUUGGUGCGGAUCUAUUCUGGCAAUGGGGCGAUGCUUUGAGCACCGGGCAGUCUCCAAACGAUGAGUAUAGCAUAUUCUACGGUAGUAGUGACUACACUUGCUUGGUAACAGAUCACGUCAGCGCAAUCAACUCGUCUUAA